CCGGUCGUUUUUCUCCACAGUUCGUCCGCUGUCGGUCCUUGAGGUUAAAUGGCUCUCACUGUUUUCUGUGCGGCGGACCUUCCAGCUACAGGACAAGGCAGCCGCUGCAGCCGCUGCUGACGCCAUAGCCCAUCGGAAAGCCUGAGGGACGCGAUGCGCUCUGCUUAAAGGUUUUAAACAGGGCGGCUCGCUGCUGGACACCCCCGCCGUUCAACCCCUCCGGGGGUCGCACUUUUGUUUCCAGCGUGGACACUUUUGCCCCCCAGGAGCUUAGUCGAAUAUAGAAUGGAAACAAAUGGGAAUAAAUGUGAGGAUGAGUCCCAGUGUGCAGAGGAGGAAGAAGAAGUGGAUCCCAGGAUUCAGGGAGAGCUGGAGAAGCUGAACCAGUCCACAGAUGACAUCAACCGCUGGGAGAGCGAACUGGAGGACUUCCGCCAGAGGUUUCGCCUGGUGUUGGCUGAAGCAACGCUGAAACUGGACGACGUGAUGAAGAAGAUCGGACGAGCUGUGGAGGAGUCUAAGCCCUACUGGGAAGCUCGCAAAGUGGCUAGACAGGCUCAGAUUGAAGCCCAACAGGCCACUCAGGAGUUCCAGCGGGCCGUGGAGAUCCUGCGAGCAGCCAAGGAGACCAUUGCUCUAGCCGAAGAGAGGCUCCUGGAGGAGGACACCCGCCAGUUUGACUCUGCCUGGCAGGAAAUGCUCAACCAUGCCACACAGAGGGUGAUGGAGGCGGAGCAAGCCAGAACACGCAGCGAGGCAGAACACAGGAAAACGGCGGCCAACUACAACGCCUGCAUCGGCCACAUGAAGCAGCUGGAGAAGAAACUGAAGCGCUCCAUCAACAAAUCCAGACCCUAUUUUGAACUGAAAGCCAAGUAUUAUCUACAGCUGGAGCAACUGAAGCGCCACGUGGACGAGCGUCAGGCCAAACUGGUGGUUGCCAAGGCAGAGUACCGCAUGGCGCUGCGCAACUUGGAAAGCAUCUCAGAGGAAAUCCACGCCCAGCGCCGGUCCCUCGCCAUGGGAACCAGGGAGCAAGGCGUCGGGGCGGAGGGCGACGAUGGGAACGAGGACAUCUCCAACUUCCCAAUGGAAUCUGACGGCCUGUCCAUGGUGUCGGUGUCCAUCGAGGAGGAAUGCAGUCACAGCUCAGAGGAGGAGGCAGACUUUCACACCUCUUCUUCACACCAAACCCCGCCCUCCUCGCCUUCUUCUUCGUUGUGCUCCCGUCCCUCCACCUCUGCCUCUACCCCCCUCAACCACAUUUUGUACUGCCCUCCCUGCUCCGACCAGUCCUCCUCUCCCCCCUCAUCCUGUCCUGGAGGUGCGGAGGUGGAGAGCCACUGCAGCUCUCACAGCCCCGAUUUGGUGUACGGUUCUGGACACGCCUCACCUCUCUUGGGUCCACGCAGCCGAUGCAGUGGAGCUUCCUCACCGGACUGCGACCAGGAGAGAGGUGACAGAGCAGAGGGAGCCGAGGCCACAAUACAGGCCGGUUUGAACAAGUUAAAUGUAGCUCAAAACCAAGAGGAUUCGGAGGAUGAGCAUCCGCCUUACUCUGACCCGGCCAGCUCCACCAGCAGCAUCCUGCUGCUGAACAGUAUCUGAUCCGAGCCUUCCUCCUCAAACCCUGACUGCAUCUAUAAGUGUUUGGGACGGAGUCCCAUCGAGCCACAGUCUCAUGACCCUCAGUCUUUGUGUUGUGUAAACAUCUGUGUUGUCACAUGAAAGGUGCUCUUGUGUUGUUUACAACAGUAAACUGUAAAACCGUGGACAUUAUAACCAGAAGAAACCUUCGUUCUAAGAGUUUUGGUGGGGAUCUUGUUGGAGGGCAUUACAUGGCAUUUUCUGACCCAUCCUUUAACAAAAAAAUGGAUUAAGAAGCUUCUGUGUUUGCUGAAAACAGUCAGCUUCUGCUCUCCAGGGACAGUCUGUCAGUGGUCUAACUUGAGAACUUCCGUCCAUGCUUACCUGCUGGAGUUACUUCAAAGCAGAACGCAUUGGGAAGGAGAUUAGAAAUGGUUCCAGCAGAACUCGGGCUUCAAACUGGACCCGUCCCGGUUGAGACGGACUGAAUGAAAGUUUGAGCAAACGUGCCAAAGUUCAAGCUGCUUGUCUGAGUGAAUGAUUGCCUUGAGUAAGUGAAUUUUUGACAGCUCAGAUAUUACUGUGUAGAACAGAUAUAUAUUUAUAUUCAUGUAUUCUUGUAUUUGAAGUGUUUUUUUGUGGUUACUGUUGUGUUUGUUUAGAACAAAAUAAGCAAUAAAAAUGUUCCUGUAAGU